ACUAUCAGUUAAAGAUAGCCAUACCACGUGACCUGGGAUUCCCGUAACGCCAGCUUCACGAGACGCCAAGCUGCUUCCCGUGCUGAGCGCGCGUCACGUAUAUAACCGAGGUCCCGUGGCAAGACACACUACGAAGAGGUAGACUGUCCGAGGCCAGUGAACUCCCUACCUUAGUCCCUUGCGAGCCACAAGAAGACUGUACGUCCGCCAGCCAUGGACCUUAACGCGGCCAAAGGGGUGUCGCUGGUGCUGCUACUGGUGUUGACAGUGGUGCUGGGUGUUCUGCCUGUCUGGCUGCACCAUCGCGGUGUGCUGACCUCCACCGGCUCUCGCUGCCGCCGUCUGACGUUGAGCUUCCUCAACUGCUUCGCAGGCGGCGUCUUCCUGGGCACCUGCCUGCUGCACCUGCUGGUGGAAGGGCGCGAGGACAUGCAGCGCUACCUGGAGAGCGUGGGUGUCACCGAUGACUUCCCUUACUACGAGACGGGAGUGGCUGUGGGCUUGUUCCUCGUAGCGCUCGUCGAGAAGCUGGGCUUUGCGCUCAUGUCGUUCUCCAGACAAAGACUCACAAGCGACGUCCACGACAUCCAGGAGACGGCGUCCAUCCGCAAGUCCCCACCCUCCUCCUUCUCCGUGCACUACGCUCACACCGCGGAAAACCGCCACCAGGGCUACGGAGCGACAACCAACACAAACGACACGACCUCCGAGGUCUACCAUAAUCACUUGCUUUAUGACCAGAACUCCAAAACGACAAGCAAAGGUCAGCAGCAGGACGACCCGUCAUACCAUCUCGAGAUAUGCAAGUCCGCUGACCACCAGCUGCCCAUCUCCCACGUCGCCAACCACCGGAAGUCACGCAGUCUGACCUCAUCGCUUGAACGCGGGACCACCGACGCACACCCUCGCCCCCACCACCACCAUCACCACAGCGUGGCCACAUCCGGGCCUUGCGACUCGGCCGCCAUCACGCAAGUCUCGGGUCUGCGGGCCCUGCUGUUGUUGCUGGCUCUGUCGUUCCACACCAUCUUUGACGGGCUGGCCGUGGGACUGCAAGAGAGCAGCACCCAAGUGUGGCAGGUGCUGGGCGCCAUCAGCAUCCACAAGGCCUUGGUGGCCUUCUGCCUGGGGCUAGAGCUGUCUACGGCGUCGCCUGGCAACUGGCGGAGGCCUGUCUUCUUCAUCUUCCUCUUCGCCCUUAUGUCGCCCAUCGGCAUUGGCAUCGGCAUGGGAGUGACGUCAUCACGGGUGGACACUUCGGCGGAACUGCUGACGUCAUCUAUCCUGCAAGCGCUGGCCACCGGAACCUUCCUCUACGUCACGUUCUUUGAGAUCCUGGGCCAGCAGUUCGCGCACGACCACCAGCAGCAGCACGGCCAGUGCUUGGAGAUCCUCAAGGUCCUCGUCACCAUGGUAGGCUUCGCGGCCAUGGCGGCUACCAAGCUGCUGGACAGCGACUGAAGACAGGGACGACGAGCGACUGAAUACAGAUGACCUGUGAUCGACCAGUAACUUUCCCACUGAUGCUGGUAAAUUUUGGUACUGCGAGUACCGGCAUGUCCCAACACACCCGUGCUGUCACACGCUGACAACAGUCAUAGCACUCGCCACGCGCACCGAAAGGUUAAAGGCUACCUAAACGCCUUCUCGUGGCAGCAACGGCAACGACAGUACCUGAAUUACACAGACCUUAGCAUCCAUACUACACUCCAGAAACACAGACCUUAUUCUGUUUCUGGUCACAGAUUGUAACAUGGCUGACAAUGAAGCAAAGACAAGUUGUUUAAUUUUAUAUUAACUUUUAUGUAAGAUGAUCUUUAUGGAUAUAUUUUGUGUACUCAAGGUAAUUUUUGGAACUGCUACAUCUAUGACAAUUUUUAAUGAUGCCGCAACUUAAAAUCAUUCGGUGAAUUGUUUUUAAUAAUUUUAUGUAUGACAAGAUUUUACAAGUGGACGUUUUAACAGGUGCCCGCAAAGAUUUUGGUAACCAAAAUAUAUCCAAUGAACUUAUGGCACUUCCAAUGGCUUAAUGUUUCUUCAACCAUUCUAGGGUGGUGCUUGGCAUCACACAGGCAUGUCUCGUGUCUCAUAAUCGCCGCUGUCUUUCCCGUUCACUCUUACUCUUAUUCAGUGGUAGUGGCGCGUGUGUGGCCUUGAAAAUAUUUCAUGAUAGUGCUCUACAAUGGGUGUCCUUUUUUUUAAGUGUUGUAUUGAGGUUUUUAUUUCUUACAAAUAAUUUUGUCUAAUAAAAAUAUGAAACUUUUGUAAAAAAAAAAAUAUAUAUAUUCAAACGCUUCUGCUAUGUAUGUAGUCACACGUGAAGCAUGCAUGUGGGUGAGGUGAGACCAGCCUACAAAGAAGCGGCUGGUGUAUGAUUCAAGAGUUGAAUCAGAGGAUUCCAUUUAGUUACACCACUAGUCUUUUUCGUUAGUGAAUGCAAGUGAUGUCUGUUGCGAAAGAGGGUUUCAUCUACUGGAGGUUAUAAUAAAAACACUCCAGCAACAAGCUCAAUGUGCUUUGAUACAAACAAUUGUACUGACAAAAAAAUACAUACACUAACAAUGGACGCUGAUCUCAAAAAAACAGAGUUGAUUGCAUGCCCAGGUAGUGUAGCUACUCAUGUUGAAAACAAGAUGAAUGCUUAAAUGCAUCCUUGCUCUUUCUUUCGAUGUCACUGAAGUUGUGCUUCUAAAAAUCGCUGAGAAUUAUAAAUUUGUAUGGAAGCUCAUCUUGCUGUCUGCACUGCACCAAAGAUUGUAUAUGAAGAUUGGUAAAUAAAAAAUGCAUUGCAAACUGUCAAAAUUUCAUGAGUUCAGACUUUCAAAACUCCCUUUGAUUGUAGCAUUAGUUAUGUCUUUGCAGUUCAUUGUUGUCCAAAGUUUGUCACAACAGGUUUUCGUUCAGCAGUUUUGAUUAAAAAUUGAACUACACAUUAGGUUCCUAAAAAUACAAGAAAUAAAGUGUACGACUUUAAGGAUAUAUGCAAUUUUUUUUUUAACUUGGAGAAGUGACAAAGGUAAAAUUAUUUUGAACUGACAACUAGGCCUGUUGCCGUACCAGCUUCACAGCAAAACUUACAGUAACUGCCGAUGCAAACUCCAUUAUUUGCACCAUCUUUUGAUCGCUAGAUUUCGGGGUACAGAGAUGAAACUCAGUAUUUCGAGCUUUACAAGUUUGAUUUUUCUAUCUUGCAUAAAAUUUUUCUACAAAGUAGACGAAAUGAAAUGCCUUUCCAUCAAUUAAACUGUUCAUGGCAUGAG